CGCUGCCGUUCAAUAUACGGGUAUCGAUAGAUCUCCCAUCGUGCGACACAGUCAACUCAGUGCUCCCUCAACACCAUACGGAGUCGAAAUGAAGUCGGCUUGGCCGGACGCUGAUCAAGCAAACACCGACGUUCUCGAAGCCUUCCCAGGUAUAAUUGCCACCGCUAUGGCAUAUAUAUCCAUUAGCGCGUCUUCAAUCUUGUGGGCACUUCAUCAAAGCAAUUUACAACCCCGCGUUUGCUCCACAUCCAGCCCAAAAUGCCACGCCUUUCUAUAUUAUUCCCAGUGCCCAUCGCGGACACGGGCGCGUCAGUUGAUCAACACUUUUUCCCGCGAACCUGGUGUGUUAUGUGGUGGCACGGGCGGACGUAUUUUUGUACCACUUUGCGGCAGCCGAUGGAUGGUGGAAAAGGUCUCCCCACUGCCGUGCGGGUGCGCGCCAUACUUCCCCAACGCCGGUCCAGGUUGGGCGCUGGAGGAUUUGGUAAAUUGAAUAUGGAGACCUAGGAAUUACGGAGCAUCAUCGCGCGUCGCACUGCUCCGCUUGGCUAGCCGCGACUUCAUGUGGAGGAUGCUUUUCGCGACGCUGUUGUGCAAUAGGCAUGCCCUCCACAAGUACAUGCAAAGUCUUUUGCUCGCUUCGCUGCAUGGAAGAAGGAACAUUAAAGAUGCAAAUCCGGGGAAAUCUACCGGCUGUACAUGUCCA